AUGGAAUUACCACCCUCCUCCUCAAGCAGCCACAGCCUCCGUUUAAAUCCACCACCAGACGCCACCUCCAUUUCCUCCACCACUAGCCACCACCUCCACUUCCUCCACCACCAGCCACUACCUCCAAUUCCUAGAUCAACAGCCACCACCUCCAUUUCCUCCAUCACCAGCCACUACCUCCACUUCCUCCACCACCAGACACCACCUCCACUUCCUCCACCACCAGACACCACCUCCACUUCCUCCACCACCAGCCACCACCUCCACUUCCUCCACCACCAGCCACCACCUCCACUUCCUCCACCACCAGCCACCACCUCCACUUCCUCCACCACCAGCCACCACCUCCACUUCCUCCACCACCAGACACCACCUCCACUUCCUCCACCACCAGCCACCACCUCCACUUCCUCCACCACCAGCCACCACCUCCACUUCCUCCACCACCAGACACCACCUCCACUUCCUNAACCUUUCUUAAUAUCCAACGCUGAAGUCGUGCCAAGAUAUGCCCUGGAAAUCUCUGUAUCUCUGUUUCCGAUAUCCCUCAUCGUCCCUCAUCGUCCCUCAUCGUCCCUCAUCGUCCCUCAUCGUCCCUCAUCGUCCCUCACCGUCCCUCAUCGUCCCUCAUCGUCCCUCACCGUCCCUCAUCGUCCCUCAUCGUCCCUCAUCGUCCCUCAUCGUCCCUCAUCGUCCCUCAUCGUCCCUCAUCGUCCCUCAUCGUCCCUCAUCGUCCCUCAUCUUCGUCCUAUUCUUGGCGGCGAUGACGNUGGCGCCCCACUCCCCUGCCCUCUCUGGCGCCCCACUCCCCUGCCCUCUCUGGCGCCCCACUCCCCUGCCCUCUCUGGCGCCCCACUCCCCUGCCCUCUCUGGCGCCCCACUCCCCUGCCCUCUCUGGCGCCCCACUCCCCUGCCCUCUCUGGCGCCCCACUCCCCUGCCCUCUCUGGCGCCCCACUCCCCUGCCCUCUCUGGCGCCCCACUCCCCUGCCCUCUCUGGCGCCCCACUCCCCUGCCCUCUCUGGCGCCCCACUCCCCUGCCCUCUCUGGCGCCCCACUCCCCUGCCCUCUCUGGCGCCCCACUCCCCUGCCCUCUCUGGCGCCCCACUCCCCUGCCCUCUCUGGCGCCCCACUCCCCUGCCCUCUCUGGCGCCCCACUCCCCUGCCCUCUCUGGCGCCCCACUCCCCUGCCCUCUCUGGCGCCCCACUCCCCUGCCCUCUCUGGCGCCCCACUCCCCUGCCCUCUCUGGCGCCCCACUCCCCUGCCCUCUCUGGCGCCCCACUCCCCUGCCCUCUCUGGCGCCCCACUCCCCUGCCCUCUCUGGCGCCCCACUCCCCUGCCCUCUCUGGCGCCCCACUCCCCUGCCCUCUCUGGCGCCCCACUCCCCUGCCCUCUCUGGCGCCCCACUCCCCUGCCCUCUCUGGCGCCCCACUCCCCUGCCCUCUCUGGCGCCCCACUCCCCUGCCCUCUCUGGCGCCCCACUCCCCUGCCCUCUCUGGCGCCCCACUCCCCUGCCCUCUCUGGCGCCCCACUCCCCUGCCCUCUCUGGCACCCCACUCCCCUGCCCUCUCUGGCACCCCACUCCCCUGCCCUCUCUGGCACCCCACUCCCCUGCCCUCUCUGGCACCCCACUCCCCUGCCCUCUCUGGCACCCCACUCCCCUGCCCUCUCUGGCACCCCACUCCCCUGCCCUCUCGGCGCCCCUCUCCCCUGUCCUGAGGUGUAA